UGUCACUCUGAUUCCAUCUUUCCACUUUUCCCCUCAUCCUCUGCUCCCUCACAUCCACUAGUCCACCUUAAAAGUCUUUGCUUAUAAAUUUGGAGCUUGUAAGUACAAUAAUAUUUCUGUUUAUUUCUGGCUUUAUUAAAAAACCACAGAUACAUCUGUGGCUAUUGGAAUGAAUUUGUGCAAGAUGGAGAUCAGAGAGUCUAAGGGCGAGAAGGCGAUUGUGGAUCUGCCGGGACCGACGCUGACUUUCCAGGACAUUCGCUAUGUGGUGAGAGAGAGCCGGGGACCCUGCCGAAAGAAAGCACCUGAGAAGGACAUCCUGAAAAAUGUCAGUGGCAUCAUGAAGACGGGGCUGAACGCGAUCAUGGGUGCUACAGGAAGCGGCAAAACAUCGCUGUUGGAUGUGAUUGCUGGAAGAAAGGACCCUCGUGGUCUGCGCACAGGUCAGAUCUUGGUCGAUAAUAAGAUUGUGACCUCCGAACUUCGUCUUAUGUCUGCAUAUGUGGUUCAGGACGACAUUCUGAUGGGCACCCUGACUGUCCGAGAGAACCUCUUGUUCUCAGCGAACCUGCGAUUGCCACGGCAGCAGUACUCCGACUCCGACAAAGAAAAGAAAGUUAAAAACAUCAUUGAGCAACUUGGACUGGAGGACUGUGCUCACACCAAGAUAGGUACAGAGUUUCUGAGGGGCGUGUCCGGUGGAGAGAGGAAGCGCUGUAGUAUAGGCAUGGAGCUCAUCACAUCUCCAUCGCUACUCUUCUUGGACGAGCCAACAACCGGCCUUGACUCCAACACUGCCAACAGCAUCAUGGGCCUCCUGCACAGGUUGUCUCGUACUGGUAAGACCAUCAUUUUCUCCAUCCAUCAGCCACGCUACUCUAUCUUCAGGCUGUUUGACCACCUGACUCUGCUGCAUAAAGGAGAGAUGGUCUACGCUGGUCCAGCCAAUAAAGCAAUUCAAUACUUCCAUGGCUUAGGCUAUGAGUGUGAGCCAUUCAACAACCCAGCUGAUUUCUUUCUGGACAUCACAAACGGAGAGACCUCAUCUUCAGUGCCGACUGAGAAAUCUUUGGCGGAACUCUACAGAGACUCUCAGUAUUGCACUGAAGUAACAGAAGAGUUGAAGCAAAAUAACCCAACAGAUUAUAACAUCUUAGCAACCAAAGCAACACCGUGUUAUGUCACAUCAUUCUUCUACCAGCUAAGGAUAGUGUGUUGGAGGACGCUGUUGAACUUGGCGAGGAAUCCACAGACGUCCUAUGCUCAGAUAAUGCUCAACAUAGUCUUUGCAGUCCUGGUGGGCCUUAUCUACUUUCAGUUGUCCCACACCAUACCUGAAGCCCUGCAGAACAGAAACGGAGCAUUCUUCUUCCUCAUAAUCAACAUGGUGUUCGCCAACCUGUCAGCAGUGGAGCUGUUCAUCAACGAGAGGGCGCUGUUUCUGCAUGAGAAUGCUGGGGGGUAUUACCGGACCUCUGUGUAUUUCCUGUCCAAGGUGUUUGUAGAUUUGGUACCGAAUCGUAUUGUUCCAAUUGUAAUUUUCUCUGCUAUCGCCUAUUAUAUGAUGGGGCUGAAGCCGGCCUUCACCGCCUUCCUGUGCUUCUCACUGACUUUGUCUAUGGUCAGCCUGGCAGCCGUCAGUUUGGCGUUUCUAGCGAGUGCCAGUGUGAGCUCCUUUGCCAUGGCCAACAUCUUCAUCGCCCUGCCCUUCGUCUUCAUGAUGGUGUUUGGUGGCUUCCUGGUGAAUCUGAACUCCAUGCUCAGCUGGUUGUCCUGGCUCCAGUGGAUCAGCAUCUUUAAAUACGGACUGGACGCUGUGACCAUCAACGAACUGACAGGCCAGGUGUUCUACGGUAACGGCACCAUAAUCACAGGAGACAUGUAUCUGCAGAUUCUGGGUAUGGAUUACAGCACAUGGGGAUUCUGGCAGAAUCACGUGGCUCUGCUGGGCAUCAUACUGGUGUGCAUGACACUGGCCUACAUUCAGCUGCGCAGGAUUAAUCGCUGGAAGUGAAGCAGAUAAACCUUGAUUUCCAGUUUUCUCCCCACACUGUGAACAUAUACUGGCAGGUGAAAACCUUUUCAUUCCCACAUUACUGAAAGAAUUUUAUAUUAUUAUUCAACUUAUUUUUUUUGUGAUUUUUUUUUACUUGUUUUUUUUGUAAUUUGUUUGUAUAAUGAAAUAGUAUUUUUCCACUGGCACAUAACGUUUGUUUAUUUGAAGAAAUAUAUUAUAUAUUAUAUAAUAAUAUAUUUUUUAUUGCACAUUUCAAGAAAGCUUAUUUAAUUACAUAAAUAAUGUUUGUAUAUUUAUUAGCAGGUGUAAUCCAGACAUAUUUACAUAAUUCAGAAAUAUUGCAGAUAUUGUUUUUAGAAUUUAUUCAGCUACUAUUAUACUACAUUUAUAAUUUUACAGCUAAUUUGAUUUUUUUUUUUUAAAUAAGGCAGAAAUCUUUACAUAUUUCAAGAAUAAUCCAGAUAUUAAUUCUAGAAUUGGUGCAAAUAUUACAGCUACUAUUAUUCUAGAGCAGGGGUGUCAAACUCAUUUUGGCCGAGGGCCACAUUGGCAUAUUGGCUGUCCUCUGAGGGCCAGAUGUAACUUAUAAAUAUAAGAAAAUGUAACCAGAUGUAAUAUAAAAUGAAUGUGAUUACUCCUUAAUGUUAAAUAACUCUCAAUAUAUUAUUUAUUCAAUCAAAUAUUACAGUUGCAUGGAAAAAAUGUUUGCUUGUUGCUCUAUUAACAUAAACCCUUUUAAUUUGUCAUGUUAUGAAAUCCAAAAACUCCAUCAAUCAAGAAACAAACUAUUCAAGUAAAUAGAAAUGACAUAAAAUACAAGUUAUAUUAACUUUGAUCAAAACGUUUGAUACUGAAAUAAGGCUUAAUAAAUAUAAAAUCUAAAAUUGUGAGCUGUUAAGAACAUGUGACAGAUUUAGCAUUUUCUCAGAUUUAGCAGUUCCUCAUACAACCACUAGUCGGAGCUGCAGCAGCAGCACCACAAGCCCGCAGUCUUUGCUUAGUCAGAGCUAUAUCCCAGCCACGGGCUACAGGACUCAGCUGAGCCAGUCUGGAGCGUUUUUAAAAUUAAGUUCUUCUGUGUAUGAAAUAAAAUAACCCCACUAACCGGAUAAUACAGCUCUCUACAGUUCAUAUUUCAGCCCAAGCAGCUAACAGCAGCAGUUUAGAGCAGCUGUCACGGAGGCACUGCUCGGAUUACAUUAUAAACAGGUCAGUUAGCGCGCUGCUAACCUCGGGAUGUUUAUAACUACAGAGUUUAGUGGACACACCACGGCUGCAAGGUUAGACUGUUGAGGGCUACUGAAGACUAUUAAAGCAGGCAACGCAGCGUAAGCAAAAAAACAAAAACCACACACACACACCAAAAUACAAGUUAAGAUAAAAUAUGAAAACGACCAUAAUAAAGCAUAAAUAAUUAAAUUGAAUUGCGGGCCAGAUGUAUGCUUAUUUUGUUAACCCGUGAGGGGCCGUAUGAAACCGCGUCGCGGGCCGGAUGUGGCCCGCGGGCCGGUACUUUGAGACCCCUGUUCUAGAGUUAUAAUAUUACAUCAGCUCAUGUGUUUAAUUAUUAGAAAUGUUUCUAAAUGUUUUGCAAAAAAUAUUUAUCAUAUUUUAUAAUGAUGCUCUUAAUGAGAUUUGUUUUUAGAAACAAUGCAAUUAUUAUAUCUAAUAUUAUAAAACAGCUAUGAUAUUACAGCUACUUUUACUUUUUAAAAAUAUGACAUUUUUCCCUGUUUCCCUAUUUUUAUGGUACAUUGUAUGUUGUUUUGUUUAUUGUGAAAACAAACAGAUAUUAAAUAAAUACAAAAGUAAUAAUAUAUGCCAAUGGACUGAGUAAAAAGUGACAUAAAACAAGCAGCAGCAUAAGGAAAUUCAUUAGUCAUUGAAUAAUAUUAGUAUAGUCUUAAAAAAUGUCAGAAUAAUACAUAUUGGAUAUAAUUAUUAGAGUUGGGGUCAAUUAGCCAAGACAAAAGUUAUUAAAACAGCAAAGAAGUGCACAUAUUAACUGAACUGGAAAUGGAUUUAUAUUGCUUCUUCAGUAGGUCUCAUAUAUACAGUCUAUGGUAGGUCUUAUGAGAAAUGUGUGUCUCAUUGACUCAGUGAUGCAGCGCCAUCUAUUGGCCACUGAUUGUUUUAUGUCUGUAUAGAUUGUAAAGAAUUUAUUUUAUAUAUUUUUAUAAUGUAAUGAAAAGAAAUGUGAAUAAUUCCUCUGUUUAUUAUAUUGUUAAAAAUGUUUAAAUAUAUUGUGUCCAAUAGUUAAAAUGCUGAUAAUUUAGGCAUCUCAAUGUUUUUUGAUCGUUUAAUAGAACAAAACACAUUUAUCAAUUAAAAUGUCUUAAUUAAAACAAA